UUAAGUGAGCAUAGAUCAACAAAAAAUUCAUUUAAUACGUCAUAUAUCAGAGCGUAGCAAAAUUUACACACAGUCGAAUCUUCGUAUCUUAAAACGAAUCGUAAUAAACAAAAGGUAAUUGCAGAUUACAGAUUGGGAAAGCAAAUGCGAUAAUGCAGAAACAACGAUCACCGUACACAGGAGGGGGCGUCUUCAAUGUGCAACAGCACAAAUCAUCAAAGUAUGGAAGGAAUGAUGGUCUCAAUGGAAUGCCAUUUUUGGUGCAGUUGGCUCAGCAGUCUCAGCGCAGCAAUGCGGGGGCUGUGGGGCAUGAGCGGGGACUACGCAGUGGCACGCCCCGCAGCUAUGACACCGACGAUAGCUUCCACACUAGUAAUAACUAUAGCGGCUGCAACAAUAACCUUAACAACAAUCCAAGCAAUGUUAACUACUUUAGCAAGAACAACAUCUACGAGGGGGAUAUGCCCAACUUGACACUUGGAUCAUGCUAUAACAAUGCUAUGCCCAGUGAUGAGUAUUCGCACAUGGAUCGAGUGGAUCAGUUGGAUCCAUUGGGCUCUUAUAGAUCCAUGGAACACCAAAACGAUGCAAUACUUCAUAGUCAUGGCAACCAUCAAAGCGAUACGGACUCGGAGACCGAGUAUCGUCAACACAGGAAGGACUUUGGCCCGAAGUGCACCGCCCGCAAAUAUUGGGUUCAUGUCUUUGAUUUCGUCAAGUCAAAGAUGACGCUACAACGACAGGAGCGCAUGGAGCUGGAGCUGCAACUUUGCCGUGCGCACUCUAUCUAUAGCCAUGUGCUCCUGAUGCUGCAGCUGCUCAGAAUCGUCUUAGCCGGUGUGAUGGUGAACGGCGUAUCCAUGGGCAUACGUUUCACCCAGGUGAGCUAUCGCUUGUGGAGCACCAAGUUCAUGCUGCGUAGCUUGGUGCGUCAGUUCCUGUGGCGCAUGGCCAACGCAAAAGUCAACGACGUAUUGCUGUUUUUGGGUAUUCUGCUCAUCACACCCUGGCUGUUUUUUAUUAGCCUUAUUGGCUUUAUUGUAGCUACUCUUUUUCAUACCAAGACUUGUCUAAACUCGCUGUAUCGCCAUCUGCGUCAACAAAAAGGCUAAAUAUUUUGAAACGCGACGUUAGCCAAACUAACUUACACACUUACAUAGCAGAGAGAGAGAGAGAGAGAGAGAGAAAGAGAGAGAGA